CUGUGGGUGGUGCAGGGAGCACCCCACCAUGGCAGGGCUGGGGGAUGUGUUCCUGCUCCUGCCCUGAGGCUGCAGAUUCUCAUGGGCUGUGGCCUGCAGCCCCGUGGCUCCAGAGCUGCCUGAGGAAGCCCAAAAUGAGUUGUGUUCCUGGAAGAGCCCACGCAGCAGGAUCUGCCCUCGCCCUGCUCCCCCUCUUUCCCACAUGCACACAAGCCCUGGAGGAACCGGUUUGGGCCCUGCGGGCAGAGCUCUUCCCCCCCCCCCCCGGCCUCACAGCGAGGGCAGGAAGGGCACGGUAGAGAGGGAGGUCCCUAGCUCCUCAGGGUGCGUGCUGUGGUGGGGUUUGGUGCUUCCUGGAUUCCUGCUUCCUGUCAACCAGGCUUGGUGCCAUGGGGCUGGGGGUGUGCUGGGCCCUUGCCCUGUCCCCAGUUCAGCAGUCCCCAGCAUGCUUCUCAGGGAGCUGGCCAACAGCGUGAGCCCUCUGUCAGAUCUGUGCUGGAACCAUUGCUGUGGAGCAGCUCAGCUCUGCAGAUGUAAUCAAGACCACGAUGGCAUGAUCUAAUCGCUUCCACUUCCUUCUUCCUGGCGCUGAUAAGUGGGACGCUGCUCAUGUGCUGGACAGGAGUAGCCCACUGGGGCAGGCCUGGGGGGCAUCGCAGGGCCUGCACCCACAGCUGCUCAUCGCUGUGCCAUGCAGAGCCCAUGCUGGGAGCACACGGGUGCCGCUGGUGUUCUCAGUCACAUCAUGUCACAGCCCAGCCGAGCCCUGGGGCUCGUGCUGGACAGGCUGGACUGGCCAGCCAGGGUCUGCCAGUGACACCAUGCCACAGCUGGGGUCUGCCUCACACCCUCCAGCCCAUCUAAACCUCCCUUUCCACCACAGGCUGCUGGACCUGCUCCCAGGGCCCCUCGUUGUCCCCAACAGCCCAGGGACAGCUGGGCCAUGCUCUACGCUGGGCCGUGCCCUCAGCUAGGCUACACUCCCUGCCCUGGGCAGCCCGUUCCUGCCCGGGCCUGUCUGACCCCGACAUGGCCUCUGGCUCCUGCUCCCGCUCGGUUCUUGAGGGUUUUAGAUCUGGGCACCCCAGUGUUGGAGAAGAGAGGACACCACUCCUAUGCACCUCAAGGUGACACCAUGGCCCUGCUGGGGUGAGGCUGAGCAGGACUGAGACCCUCCCGGGCCAUUCGGGGUGCCUGGUUGCAGCCUCCGCCAUGGUCCUGACCUGACACACCCAUCAUGGCGGCACCCGCCACCCGCCACACCCACCAUGGUGGCCCCGCGCCCGGUCCCCCAAGAUGGCCGCUCUGCCCGGCCAACCCGCCCGCGACCAAGAUGGCCGCCCGGGAGCGCCGCGCGCCGCGCCCAACAUGGCGGCCACCUGCGGGAAGCGGGGAAGCGAGGCGGGAUGUCGCUUCCGGUCGCGGUGGCGGAAGCGGCGUUUGGGCUCCCAUGGAGAUGGGCGAGGGCCGCCCGGGGGUGGCUGCGACGCUGCGGGCGCUGAACGGGGCGCUCGGGCGGCCCGCCGCACUCUGGGUGAAGGAGAGCGGCGCCCGCAACCUGCGCCACCGGGAUUUCCUGGCGCCGCGGGCCGCGCUGAGCGCCGCCUUUCCCGGCGGGCAGCCCGGACCCUUCCUCGCACUCCGCCCGCAGGUGCCCCCCGAGGCCGUGUCGGCGGUGCCGUCGCUGCGGGGCCCAGCAGUGCUGCCGCUGCAGGUUUGCCGGCAGACGCCGGCGGGGUUGGCGGUGCAGGUGCGGCGCCCUGAGGCCUUCCAGCGCCUGCUGGGGCCGCUGCAAGGCCCGGCUUCCCCCGCGACGGGGGCGCGGACGGGCUGCGUGGUGCUGCACUGCCCGGCCCUGCGCGGCGCCGCUGCCCUGCGGCCCCGCCACCUCCGCUCCGUCCUGCUGGCCGACCACCUGGCCCAGCUGCUGCGCGCCCAGGGGGUCGGCGUCCGCCUGGUCCCUGCCCUCACCGAGGACAGGAGAUGGGACGUCCUGCGGCAGCUCCGCAUCUGCUGGCCCUCCGGCUCCGUUGGCUCGUCCCUCCCUGACGCCGUCUCGGCCUUGAAGGCAGCGCUAGGCCAGUGCCCCUGUGCCGCAGCCUGUGAGCAGGGGCCGGGCACAGCCGAGGGUGUCAUCUUUAAGGUGCACCUGAAGAGCUUCGUGGAGCAGCAGGGCUUGGUGGGCUACGACCCCAAUCUAGAUGUGCUUCUCGUGACGGAGGGGACACUGUGGUCGUUGGCUGAGCUGCAGGAAGCUGUUCUGCAGUGCCCAGCCAAAGGCCAGAGCAGUUGCUGCAGCAUCAUACAUGUGGUGAACUGUGAGGAGGAAUUCCAGCAGCAGCAGCUGGAUGUGCUCUGGAGGAUUUUGGAUCCGGGAGUCCACACAGCUUUGCAGAAACACCUUGUCUGUGGGCCAGUGAAGGUGACUAACCCCUCAUCGCCCAUUGGAGCAGACCAGUACUUCCAGCUCCGAAAGCACCAGAUGUAUGAAGCUUCCGUGAUAAAGUAUGGGGAGCUUGCACAAGAUGAGGCCUGGACAGAGGUGAUUGAUACCCUGACAGUGGCUGCCAUCAGGUUUGAGAUGCUGAGCACUGCUCAUCGGAGUCAGAUCACCCUGGACCUGGAGAACAACAGCAUCUCCACAAAGGGAACGAAGAGCGGCGCCUUUGUGAUGUACAACUGUGCCCGGCUGGCCACACUCUUCAACACCUUCCAGCGGGCUGUGGAGCGGGGCACAUAUCCACCUCUGCCACCAGUGUCUGAACUGAACUUCUCCUGCCUCCGAGAAGAGGGCGAAUGGCUCCUGCUCUUCAACUAUCUCCUGCCCUUCCCUGAAGUCCUGCAGCAGGCAGCACAGCUGCCCCCACCCUCCAAGGGGAUCCGGAUCACUGCCAACACAGAGACAGUAUGCAAGUUCCUGAUCCAGCUCAGCAUGGAUUUCAGCUCCUACUACAACCGGGUGCACAUCCUAGGGGAGCCGUUCCCUCACCUCUUUGACCAGAUGUUUGCCCGCCUCCAGCUGCUGGGAGCAGUGAGGGAUGUGUUCCACAGUGCACUGGCAACUCUGCACCUCCCUCCUCUCAGCCAGAUCUGAGCCACCCCUGAAGAGCUGUGCCAUGGUGUGACAGUCACCUACACACCACAGUUUGUGGGGGAGAACAGGGCACAUUCUCCCGGCAGGGCAAGGGGCUGCACCAGUGGCAGGCAGGGCCCAUGGUGUUUGGGGAUUGGUCUGUGCUCCCUGCAGCUGUGUCCAGUGUGGGACAUGGAUGCCCCUCCACAUCCACAGCAGCAGAAGGGAAAAAAGCUUGUGUGGCACCCCAGCAGCUGGGCUGGGAGUGUGAGGGAGGUGGCACCAGGGACCAGUCAUGACAAAGUCAGACAGACACCAACUUCACUUCCCUAAAAACUGUUUAUUGGAGGGAGCUCCAUGCUGGCAGGGAGCUCCUGAGGUUCCAGGCUCCCACUGGGCUCUGAGCCAGGCCCCAGUACUGGGGUCCAAUACACUUCUUGCUGGACAAA